AUGUUUUACAACGCAUUGCUUACGGGGAUUGUUGCCCCAUUGUUAUUCCCUGCUGCCAAAGCGAAGCCUGCGGAUCUCACCUAUGCGAGCGGGAUCGUGGUUCCCGCAACUCCGUCCGUGGUGAGCGGUGUCAGUCUGCCUCGCGGUACGGGGCCAUGGACCGGCGUCCCCACGGCCACGGGUGCUUUGACGGGCACCGUACGUGGCACGGCUAUCACACCCAGGCCCGCGCCUCCUGAAGCAACGAGGUAUCCCAGUGACGGCAUGCUCCAUGAUACACAGCCCGCACCAUACAUCCCGGCGGGUGGAUUGGGUACCAACGGCACGGCGCCUGUAUAUAACGUGCGGAGCGACUAUGAUUAUCAGUCUAUUGCGCUGUUGUUGUAUUGCGACUGGCUGCAGCUGGAUAUGCUGGACACCGGCCUUGAUCAGUUCUCCGUGCAGGACUUCACCCAGGCUGGAUUGACCGCGAGAGAUCGUAGCCUAGUCCAAUUCAUGCGGACUGAGGUCCUGGGCCAUAUUACCAUGCUGUCUAACAUCCUUGGCCAGUCAGCUCCCACUAGAUGCAGCUAUCGCCAUCCCUUUAAGACUUUGCCUGAGUUUUUCGAUUUCGCUCAGAAGAUCAGCAAGGUGAUAGAAUCGACAGCCUAUGGAUUUGUGCCGCACCUGGAUGCGCGAGAGACGGCGCAACUGCUCCUCCAGGCCGUCUCCAUGACUGGCCGCCAGCAGCUGCUCUUCCGCCAAUUCGAAGGCUUGUUCCCCAUCCCAGUCUGGUUCCAAACCGCCAUCCCGCAGUCCUGGGCCUGGACGUUGAUCGCGCCCUAUAUCAACUACUGUCCCGGGAACAACCCACGUCUUGUGUGGCAGAACUACCCAGCCCUUGCCGUCAUCAAUCAGCCAAAUCCAUUCUCUUCCAACGCCACCGCCGGGACCAACACGACGUACGGCCCCGGUCUGGGAUCGGCAAACAUGUCAGCCAUCGACCCAGGCGCUUCGUGCCUAAACUCCACCUGUGCCCCGGCAAUCUCAAGCAACCGCACCACGCCCCUCUCGCAGCCGGGCCAAGUUGUGAGACUCUCCUGGGAAAGGCCCGGUAUGCGAGUCGGCCCAAAUAACAGCUACAUUACCACUUCCAUGGCCGGACGGCCCGCAUUCGUUGCGUGGGUGACGCAGCUGAACGUGACAUACUCUCCACUGACGGGCGUCAACUCGACCAAUUCGACGACCGCGCAGACAACGCAGCCAAUGUUCGAUACGUAUGCCGGCGACCCGGGAGUCAACGGGACCAUGUUCCUAGCGGUCACCGAUGCGGAUUUGUAUGUGACGCCGUUCAAUCUGAGCUUGCUGAAUCCGCAUAUCGUGGCUGGGCCCGCGGUGUACCAGGCUGGCUGA